UUGUUUCUAUAUAAUAUCCUAUAUAUUUAACUCUUUAUCCUCUUUCCACUCCCAAAAUUCCUCCAUUUCUUCUCUCUCUCACACUCAAAAACAUUGAUCCAACAAAACCCACUUUCUUUAUCUUUUUUCCACUAACUAAAAAGACCCAUUUCCAUUUCCUCUUGCCUUUUCUUUUCUUUUGAUUUUGGAUUGUUCUGAAAUCCAAAAGAAAAAAAACCCAAAAAAAAAAAGAAGAUACAAUGAUCCAAGAACUAUUUGGUGUUUCAGGGCUUUUAGCUGCAGCUGGAGACACCAAAAUCUCCACCACUAAUGCUUCUUCUAUUCUUGAUUCUUCUUCUUCUUCCCCUUCUACUUCCCUCUCUGCCGUCGCCGCCACUGCGACCACUGCCGCCGGCGCUGCCACCACGUCAGCAACCUCCUCAAAUUCUGAAGCUCAAAACUUGCGGUGCCCCAGAUGCGAUUCUGCAAACACCAAAUUUUGUUACUACAACAACUACAAUCUUACUCAACCUCGCCACUUCUGUAAGACAUGUCGUCGUUAUUGGACCAAAGGUGGGGCCCUCAGGAAUGUUCCCAUUGGUGGUGGGUGUCGGAAGAACAAGAGCGCGGCUGUGGUCGGGAAAUCAGCGGCUGGAAAGAUGAAAACUUUGUCGUCUGAGAUAUUGGGCCGGGUCGGAUUCGGAACUGGGUCGGCGUUGGAUCAUGAAAUAAUGUCGCCCACGCAAAUUCUGUGGGGUUCGCCGCAGAAUUCUCACCUUUUGUCUAUUUUGAGAUCCGCCACCCAAAACCAAAACCCUAACCCUAAUAACCUCGUCGGUUCCCACGUCAGCAACGACCCACCGGGGACGGCAGCUGCCACUGCCACGGCGACGCCGUUUCAUGCUAGGACGAUGGGUUUCGAUCCGGCCACUCAUAUUUCUUCUCUGGGGCUCUGCAGCUCUUACUGGAGGAAAAAUCAGAGCCAAGUUCAUCCCCAACAAAAUGGGAUUCCCCACGGCGGUGGAGAUCAGGUCCAGGGCGGCGCCGGAGGGAUCCAGGAGCUGUAUCAAAAGCUUAAGUCUUCAUCGAGCAAUUAUUUCAGCAACGGGCAGCAGGGAUCGGUGGGAGUAACGAAUGGGGGUACGGCAGCGAUGUUGGAGGCAGCUCCGGUGGGCGGCGGCGAAACAACAGGUUACUGGAAUCCAGCCUUUUCUUGGUCAGAUGUUCAUGCUAGUGCUAAUGAAGCAUAUCCUUGAACUAAAAAAAGGAACAAAAAAAAAAGGAGUGUGUUUUAUUUUCCCCUAAUUUGGCUAUUUGUGUUUUCCAUAUUAGGAUUUAUUUUUGUGUGUGUUUUUGUGCUUGGGUUUGUGGUGUAUCAAAUGAAUGCCUUAUUUAGCAUCAAUGUUUAAAUUAAAUUAACUCCAUCCA